GGUCAACGAUGGUAAACCACAUGCGUUCAGUGUUGCUACGCUAUGUCGGAAUAUGCGUGGUGGCUACGUGUUUUAUCCUAUUGCUUAUCAGCGGUUUGCCAAGUGCAUUAGAUACCUGCAAGUGUGAAGAUCAGCAGGAUCGUGAUCUGCAGCACGAGCGGUUCCACAAGAGCUUCCGGUUCGAGCAUACUGAACAAAAAAGGCUCGCAAUUGUAGUACCCUUUCGAGACCGAUUCGAUGAGUUGCUACAGUUUGCGCCUCACAUAGCAACUUUCCUGAACAAACAAGGCGUUCCAUUUCACAUUUUCGUCGUGAAUCAAAACGAUCGGUUCCGGUUCAAUCGCGCAUCUUUGAUAAACGUUGGCUUCCUGCAGGUUCGGGACAGCUACGACUACUUUGCGAUGCACGAUGUUGAUCUGCUUCCGCUGAACGACAAUUUGCGUUACGAGUUUCCCGCUCAGGGACCGCUCCACAUAUCCGGGCCCGAGUUUCACCCGAAGUACCAUUAUGCGACCUUCAUCGGUGGCAUACUGUUGCUUCGCAUGGAACAUUUCGAGCAGCUGAACGGAAUGUCGAACCGAUACUGGGGCUGGGGUCUGGAGGACGAUGAGUUUUACGUGCGCAUCCGGGAAGCCGGUCUCGAGGUGACCCGCCCAAAAAACAUUACAACCGGCACGAACAACACAUUCCUGCAUGUGCACGACCGUGUGCACAGGCGGAGAGAUACGACGAAAUGUUUUAAUCAGCGCGAAGUAACGCGAAAGCGCGACCGGGAAACGGGUCUCAGUACGGUGCAAUAUUCCAUCCACAACCGCCGGGAGCUGGUAAUCGAUGGCGUUCCGGUGACGGUGCUGAAUGUUGAUCUGUACUGCGACAAGCAGAAAACACCCUGGUGCGAGUGUGAAAUCAAACCGGACAAUGUGAAUCCGAAGAUUCCAAAGAAAACAUCCUCCUAAAAUACUCGCAUUAGAACAUUACUACUGACUACGUUAGGACGUGUAUGCCCCCCGGACCGUGAUGCUUUUGCCAUAUGUCAAUUCCAUGCCGAUCGUUUUCUAAAUAAAAAGAAAUCAAUAAUUCCUCAUAAUAGCACAGACAGCAUCCGUAAAGGUUCUGGAUAUGUAACAAAUAUGCUUAGAAUGUACCUAUUUUUUUUUGUUCUAGUGCCGCGUUGUUGAAGCUCACCGUAUUGAUCACAGCAAUAGAAUAUACGUCAAACGAUUUGAAGUGCUUGUUCAGUGUUAGCAACGUGCGUGUGUGCGUAUGUAUGAAGUAGAAUAGCGGAUUGGUCAUCAGUGAAUACGCGAUUGUUUACAUUAUAAACUGUGCGAAUCAACAUCAUUCAACAUGAGGCUAGUGAAGUGUUACCACGCACCAGCGAUGCUGCUCUG